AUGUCCAACAAGCGUAGACUCGACGAUCCUAAACCUUUAGAAUGCAACUUCAUUUAUGAAAAUAAACUUGCCAAGAAAGAAAAGGACCUUGGAAGCUUUUCCAUUCCUUGCAUCCUAGGAAAUCAUAUGAUCGACAAAACUUUCUUAGACCUAGGAGCGAGCGUAAGUUUAAUGCCUUUGGCAGUCUGCAAGAGGUUAAACUUAGGAGAACUUCAGCCGACUAAAAUGUUCUUACAAUUAGCUGAUAGAUCUGUCAAAUACCCUAUGGGGAUAUUGGAAGACAUACCAGUCAAGAUAGGUCAGCUGUAUAUCCCAACCGACUUUGUAGUUAUGGAUAUUAAGGAAGACCAUUCUAGUUGA